CCCGCCUCCAGCUCCUCCACGAGGCCGCCAUUGUACAAGCAGCAGCAGCAGCAGCCAGCGGCCCGCUACAGACAGCGUGAAGCAGCAGCAACAGCAGCAAACAACAGCAGCAAACACCAUGGCGUCGUACGUGCGCGUUGCGGAGGACGAGGGCGAGGAGCCGAUCGAGAUCCCCGCCGAGGAGGACGGCACCGUGCUGCUGUCGAGCGUCGCCGCGCAGUUCCCGGGCGCUUGCGGCCUUCGCUACCGCGCGGGAGAGGGUCGCGCCCUGCGCGGCCUGCGGCUCGCAGAGGGUGCGCUCCACCCGCCAGAGCCCGCGACCUGGGGCAUCCACGUGUACCUCGUCACCUUCCCCAAGGACAACAAACGCAAGAUGGAUGAGAGCGAUGCGUGGAACGUGGCUAAGAUCAAGCGCUCCGUGCAGAAGACGUCCGACCUCAUCGUGCUGGGGCUGCCGUGGAAGUGCAAUGAGCAGGACCUGAGGGAUUACUUUACAGAGGUUGGGGACGUGCUCAUGGUUCAGGUUAAACGUGAUGCCAAGUCUGGAACUUCGAAGGGGUUUGGUUUUGUCCGCUUCAGUGAGUUCGAGAGUCAGUUGAAGGCCAUCUCGCAGCGGCACUUGAUUGGUGGCCGCUGGUGCGAUGUCAAGCUGCCCAAUACCAAGGUACGUGGGAUCGGAACGGGUUUCCACAGCAAAAAGAUCUUUGUGGGCCGCUGCCCGCCUGACCUUACCACGGAGGACCUGCGGGCAUACUUCAGCCAGUUUGGAGAAGUCACCGACGUCUUCAUCCCCAAACCUUUCAGGGGAUUUGCCUUCGUGACUUUCACAGAUGAGCAGGUGGCAAACAGCCUGUGUGGAGAAGACCUCAUCAUCAAGGGGUCCAGCAUUCACAUCUCCAGCGCCGAUCCCAAGGGCAGCAACAACGCCAUGGGGAACGCCAAUCCAAACUUCUCGGCGCUGGGCCUCAAUCCGCAGCACCAGUCGCAGUCGUUCACGGUCAACACUGCCGCCCUUGAGCAAGUGGCGCGCUACGCAAACUUCGGCUCUUCCAGCGGCAGCUCGAGUGGCAAUAACACACCCAGCAACAACUACGGUUAUGGCUACGGCUACGGAUAUGGGAAUAACCCCUUUGGUCCGUUCACGGGGUCAAAUUCGACGUCGAAUGCCGCCCAGUCCAGCCACGGAUCUUCGUCCUUUAAUCGCGGUGGAGGCGGCGGCGGGGGCGGGAUGAACGCCGCGGGGAGCGCGUCAAAUUCCUCCAGCCUUGGCGGCGCAGCAGGAGACGGGAGCAUGAAUCCGCUGGGCUCGUUCAAUCUCAGCCCCGCGGUGAUGGCUGCCAUGAUGCAGAGUGGUUGGAAUAUGAUGGGGAUGUUUCAGGGGCAGGGGCAGGGUCAGGGUCAGGGGCAAGGCCAUGGCCAAGCGCAGGCUUUGGAGCAGUCGCAGGCAAAUAAGUCUGGGGGAUAUGGGGCGAGUGGGGGGCAGGGAGGAGGUGGCUAUGGGGGGUGGGGUGGAACUGGAGGUUCUACGGGGAGCGGAGCAGCGCACGGCACCCAGUCUUAUGCCUCCUCCAGCUACGAGGCCAAACCACAUGGCUGGUAAACGCUUCCUUUGUGUACCUGCUUAACAACAGUGUAUGCAUUGUAAAACAGUGUGAUACAUUUUAGGAUUAUUUUUUAUUGCAUCAGUUUUUUAAUUCUGUUAACUUCUACGUGUGUGUGUAGUGUAGCGGUUAGUGCGCUACGCUACGAACCCAGGAACUCAAGUUCGAUUUUUGAUCACGGCCAAAACCAGUGACGAUUAUCUGAAUCUGUCCUGGGCCUCCCCUAGGAAGACUCGGCCUCAAAUGAGUACCUGGUGCGGUGCAUAAUCAUCACCACUGGGGAGACAAAGGCGGCUGGGCAUGGUGCUGGCCACCCAUCUCCUCGUGUGCCGUGCCGGCCUUCAUAGGUGCUCGCUAACAGCGCUUGCUCCAACAGUCUGUUAAAUUGUCUGAGCUGGAAAAUAAAAUUUGAUCUUUUUUUUGUGAAGUCAUUGGUGAGAUCAUCAGUGCCUACACUUGACCCAUCUUCAUCAUCGCAGUUGUCUAGAUUCGGUGGUGUCCUCUUAGCAUUCUGACGGAGCCACAAUGCAAAAGUAAUACAUUUUUAUAACAGUAUCGCGUGUAUAAUUACCUCACACGCAGCUCAAGAAUGGCAUAGAGCGUGAUACAUUUUUAAAACGGUGGUUGGAUACCCACGUGCAAGCCGCCAUCUCGGCCACCCCAUCGCCCCCAACAUCUCUUCACAGCCAGCGGAAGAACGGGAAUGGUGACUUGCCCCCCCCCCCCGCCAGGCAGUCUAUAGCUUUGCACGUCAACAUCAUCUAGAAUGUAACGCUCUUUCUCGCCAAGAGGGACAAUUUGGACUUCCACCAAUCAUGGUGGUUGGCUGCUGUUGUCACGAUGCCCCCUCCCUCCCCGCAUUGUUGCGUGGUCAGUUUUCACUUUUCCACAAUAUAAAUCUGAUGGUAAUUUUCUAGAACCGAUAGAUGGAGAAUGUGUUCAAAAAGUUGCAAGUGUUAUAUUCUUCACAGUACUGUUAAGUCACGAAAUAAAAUGUGUUUUGGGGAAAUCGUU